GAAACCAUAGCGCAUUCUAUUGACCUCCUUAUUGUAGCUGUGAUUCCUGACGUGACCCAGAUAGGAGAAACUAUUUACCGGUACCUCUGCUAGCGAAUGCUUUCCCUUCCUACAUCUUCCUUCUGCAGCUCGGUUGUAUCUAAUGCACUAGUAGCAACUGCAGCCCUGCCCGCGGCCACCCGCAGACUAACUGCGCUGUCCUGGGGACGAAAUGUUGAAGGGCAGUGUGGCAUAGAUUCGUCUUUAUUAGUAUUUAAGCCAACACCCGUCUUCGAGCUGCACGAGUCGGAGUUAUCCCAUGUCGCUGCUGGCAAGCUUAACAGCGCGGCUGUAACGACUCACGGCGAAGCGUGGACUUGGGGAGAUGGAAAAGGCGGAAAGCUUGGACAUGGCUCGGCGGACCAUGUGCAUGCGCCUCACAGGAUCGAGAGCUUAGUAGGCCGGGCCGAUGUACGGCAACUCGCCCUCGGUGAUCACCACACACUGUUCGUGGAUGGCUCGGGGUCGCUGUGGGCUUGCGGAGAGAACAAGGAGGGGCAGUGCGGUCUGGGGACGCCCCUCGAGGUGAUCGCGACGCAGCACCGCCGGGCGCACUACGAGUCCUUCCGAGCCUUCAGGGACUCCGUAGCCGCGGAGCCCCGAGUCAGUCGCGAGCAGCGAGCCAAGCAGGCCAUCCACGCGCUGCUGGGCACCUCACCUCAGCAUGCACAGCAGCACGGCCAUGCGAACGGCGCCCAUGGGGGCAGUGGCAGCGGCUGGCAGGGUCACGGCCAUGGCUCUGCAGCCCCAGGCCGCUCCUCCUCCUCCUCCGGGUGGCAGCACCUAGCUGCAGCGGGAACACACCAUGCAGGCGGCAGCGGUGCCGGCGGGCAAAUGUACGGCAGCGCAACCCGUACGGCACUCAACUUUAGCGGUUUGGAUUUCGAGAGCGCCUUUGCAGCCAGCGGCAUUCAUCCGGGUCAGCAGCCCACGCCGCUGCGCAUCGGGCGGGAUCAGCACCCGCUGUGGGAUGUGGUGGCGGGGGCGGCGGGCCGGGCGACGGCGGCGGCGGGUGGCUUGCCCCUGGGCGACAUGCGGGUGGUGCUGCCGAGCGGUCUGGAGGGCGAGACGGUGGUGGGGGUGGCGGCCAGCCGCUUCUUCUCGGCUGCGCUGACUGCGGCUGGGGAGGUGUGGACCUUUGGCGCUUGCUACAACGGCUGCCUGGGGUCUGACAGCAGCUGGAGCUCCUCGGCGCAGAGGGUCUCGGGCGCCCUGGCAGCCUCGCUGGAGGACGGCGGCGGCGCGAAGCAGGUGGUGUCGGGAGGCACCUUCUGCGCGGCGCUGACGGCGGCGGGGCGGGUGGUGCUGUGGGGGCGGGUGCCGGGCAGCGAGGCGGAGGGCGGCGGACUGGCGGAUGCGGCGGAAGCACAUGUGGGAGGCGGCGGCGGCGGCGGGCGGAUGUUGGGCAUGACGGAACAGGGCGUGGAUAUUGUGACAGGCGGCCGGCUGCUUGCGGGUGUAGUUCCUGGCCUCCCGCCCAUCACCCACAUCGCCGCCGGGCAGCAGCACCUGCUCAUGUCCGACGGAAGCCGGGUGUGGGUGCUGGGCCGCAUGCUCGACGCCAGCGGCGCCGUCGCGCUGACCGCGCCCUGGCGGCGGCCGGCGCUUGCGCUGACGCUGCCGGCGGGAGACGCGGUACGACAAUUGGUUGCCGGGGUGCACAGCGCUGGCGUGGUUUCGGAGCUUGGCGAGGCGUGGGUCUGGGGCCGGUUGUUGGACCGGCAUCACGUGGACAGCGUAGCCAAGCGGCACCCGAACCUGGCGUUCGGCGGGGCGGACGUCGGCAACGGGGGCGCGGGUUCCGCCACACGGAGGUCAACUCGCACGGCAGCCGCAGCGGCGGCGGCGGCGUCGCCCCUGCUUCCUGAGGACGUGCGGUGGGAGUGGGCGGGGUACGGCGGGCGGGAGGCGAGGCGGUUGGAGGGGCUGGGCGGGCCGGUGCGGGCGCUGGCGUUGGGCGGCUGGCAUGCGAUGGCCGUGGUGGAGUGAGCUCCGCGAGUAGCCUACGGGGGCGAGCAACAGGGGCGAGGAUAUGGGGCACACAGCUGAUGACGUGCUAGGUGGGUGAGCAUCCCGAUGAGCCCUCCGUCCUUCGUUAACGUGAUCAACUUGUGCGUACCGCAGCGGAUGAUUGUUGAGAUGUCUGUGUUGUGAGGCCUGACACGCGGCUUACCGGUCCUUGAACCUUUAUUAACGGUAACGGUAUGUGGUGUGCGUUGCAGCCCUAGGUAGAGAUAGACCCACAUGGCCAGUGACGACAGCGUCCGUGUAGCGCUGCCCCUGCUUUCAUGGCCCACUUGACGUUCUGCACUAACGCUAGUAAACCCGCUCCUAGCCGGCUUAGGCUGCCCGUUGUAUCAUAUUACUUAGUAGGCACAGUGCUUUGCGGCCUCACACGCAUGCCCCGGACUGGCGCUUUCCGUUUUACGGUGCUUUUGUUAACUGCCGUAGCUGAUACGUGUUGCAAACGGACUCCUCAUGCUAGCUGUGAUCUAUGCACCCAUACAUCGGAACCAUGUCGUACUACGACUACAAACUGAAGUAUCAAUGUACGGAGGGUGACUAAGACCAUGCGCGACUCAAUAGCACUGUGAGACAAGGGCUGUCGUAUUAGGUGUGAUCCAAAAUGUACACUACCGUAUGUAUUUAUUGGGAAGUGAAGCGAGCUCUCGGCUCGUGACCUUGCUGUAUGUGCAGGAUGCAGCGUGCGGAGAUUUAUGGGGGUGUGUAGAUGAGGAGCGUUAUAGCGGUUAGGUAGCGCUUAGGAUGCUGGUGUCUUGUAGCAAGCGGUAGAAAGGAAAACUUCCCCAACCUGGCCGUCAGGUCAGGCCUGUAACGUAACACAGUGCAGAG